AUGUACAAGUUUUUCCAUAAGCUGACUUUUCAAGGAUACCCAGACUUUUACCCCUCUCGUCCGGGAUUUCAACAACCUGAAGAUGUACUCACAGAGGAUAAUGUCAAAAAUGGUUUUUCUGCUAAAGGUUAUCCUAGUGUCGCAGCCGAGGUAUUCUCGAUGCAUGGGGCUAUACAUCAACAAUUACUCAAUGGGGGUCUAGAAGGACUUAAUAGGAUCGUUGAUCAAUUGUUGAUCAAGAGGGAUGAUUCCAUGCCAAAGAUUGGCGAAAGAAGCUUCAGAAUCCCCGUCAGAGUCACCUACAACGAUUCCAGACGUUCACAAUUCCUAGCUGAUCUUGCCAACCCAUCCAUCCCCCUCCACAGACUCAUGCGGUCUCCUGUCCCACAUGGUUUCAAAGGUGUGGAGAUGUUCGAUCUGAUGUUUUCUCCCAUCAUCGGCACCGUCGCAUCAACAGCAAAGACCAGACCGACUACAGACCCUAUACCUGUUGAAAGAGCAGCAUGGUUCAUUCGUGUUCUCGGUGCCAACGAGAUAUCCGCACAUAGAAGUAGAGCCCAACCGGCGGUUGUUCCUGUUCAAUCCGCUUCUCCUGCUGCUGCCACACCUUCCUCUACGACAACUGUCAAUGUCACCCCUUCAUUACCUCUGUCGAGUAAUGAUUGGUACACUCAAGAGUUCACGAAUAACAUCACCUCUUGGCUUCGGAUACAGCUAAGUCAGUUGGUCAUCCCCAAUACGACCAGCUCCAAUAUUGUUCUUACUGGUAAAUCCGCUCCAGGAGUUCUUGGCGACGAAGCUGCCAAAAAUCGCUGGUUGAUCAAAUGGGAAUACAGGUAA